GAUGACAGCAACACACCUUUCUACGUCAGGAAGGAGAAAGCUGCACAGUAGCUGGUGUUCUUCCAUUUGUGUCGGUGUGAACUCAGUGUGAGCCGUGUGUCUGUGUAAACCUGCUCUGUCCGGAAUAUUUUGCCGUUUCACCGGAUCUGUGGAAUGAGUUUUAUCACCAACUGGAGACGCAGCGUGAAGAAAAAUGAAAGCAAAAAUGAUGCUGUGGAGGGGCAAGACAUGGCUGACGUCCCAGACUCCCCAAACCGGUUGUCAGUCAUAAACAGUCCAGAGUUGGAUCCCAUCAUCACAGACUUCAAGUUACAGCUCCCAGACAACAAAGAUGCUCUGCAAUCAACUAAUCCAUCGAAUGGGUGCUUGCGGUCAGACUUGUCGCUGGCUCUGGAGGACUGCAUGGCCGCCCUGGAUCUGUUCCUCAGAAACGACUUUGAGGAGGCGCAGACCCGGCUUAGAUGCAGAACCAAAGACAGCAUGUACCACGCCUUGACCUAUGCCACCAUCCUGGAGAUGCAGGCCAUGAUGACCUUUGACCCACACCACAUCCAGACUGCAGGAAACACCAUGAAGGAGGCCCAGGCCAUCUGUCAGCGGCAACGCAAGAAGUCAAGCUUCUCCAAAAGCUUCACAGAAGAGGAACUCCAUGCUGAGGUUUGCUACGCCGAGUGUCUCCUGCAGAGGGCAGCACUCACUUUCCUUCAGGAUGAAAACAUGAUCAGUUUCAUCAAAGGGGGAAUCAAAGUGAGGAACAGCUACCAGACAUACAAAGAGCUUCACACAGUCCUCCAGUCCUCUGGAUACUCUCAUGGCGACAACCACGACCAUUUCGAGUGUGGUGUUAAACUGGGAGUAGGAGCUUUUAAUCUAAUGAUUUCCAUGUUGCCCACACGGACGCUCAAGCUGCUGGAGAUUGUCGGUUUCUCUGGUAAUAAGGAAUUUGGUCUCCAGCAGCUUCAGGAGGGCUCUGCAGAAAGCACAUUUAGGUCCUUCCUAUGUAACAUGCUGCUGCUCUGUUAUCACACCUUCAUGAGCUUCAUAUUGGGCACUGGAGAAGGAGACGUUGAAGAUGCAGAGAAACUUCUGCAGCCAUAUCUUAAAAAAUAUCCUAAGGGAUCCAUCUUCUUGUUCUUCGCUGGUCGAAUAGAGGAGAUCAAAGGCAACUUGGAUGGUGCUAUCAAGCGUUUUGAGGAGUGCUGCGAGGCACAGCAGCAAUGGAAGCAGUUCCACCACAUGUGUUACUGGGAGCUGAUGUGGUGCUUCACAUACAAGAGGCACUGGAAGAUGGCUUACUUCUACGCUGACCUGCUCAGCAAGGAGAACACCUGGUCCAAGGCUACAUAUGCAUAUAUGAAAGCAGCCUACCUCAGCAUGCUGACUCCGGAUGAUUGCCUAACCUUUGGGGAGACUGCGUUCACUCUGUUCAGGCAGGUUCCAGGGCUGAAGCAGAAAAUAGCGGGGAAAUCUUUGCCAACAGAGAAGUUUGCUAUCAGGAAAGCCCGUCGCUACCUUGCAGAAAACCCAAUUCCUCUUCCUGCUCCUCCACUGGAGAUGAUGUACAUCUGGAACGGCUACACAGUCAUUGGCAAGCACAAAGACCUGACUGAAGGCAUGCUGCAAACACUGGAUGAGGCACAGACUAAUCUCGAGAGCAGCCCAAGGUCAGAGUUCACCAUUGAUGAUCAGUGUCUGCUGAGCCUCUUGAAGGGCCUGUGUCUCAAACACCUGGGGCAUCAAGAGGAGGCCGAACACUACUUUACCCUCGUCCUCUGCAAUGAGUCUCAGAUCAAGUAUGACCACUACCUGGUUCCUAAUGCCCUGCUGGAGCAUGGCCUGCUGUGUCUGGAGCAAGGCAGAAAAGCUGAAGCUAUAAGACUCCUAGAAACUGCAAAGCAAAAUUACAAAAACUACUCGAUGGAAUCACGGACACACUUCCGUAUUCAGGCUGCUCUGCACAAGGCCAAGUGCAUGGAGGAGAACGGCAUCCAUGUUCCCUCCAGCCCAUAACAGACAGAGGAGGGCACACUAGAGCACAGAUAGUUUCUGUUUCCACAGUCCCACAAUACACUCAGACCAGACCAGCCCCACCCAUUUGGGCGGGCGAUUAGUUUUCCCAUCAAAAGGGUAGGGGAAGAUGAAUGCUUGUUUCUCUCAUUUGUGCUGCCCUUUUGGGCGACUGUAGCUCUGUGUGGCCCCUACUGGCUAAGGCAGGUUUGCUACGCCCUCUUUUAGAGAUAUAUUAUGAUGAACGCCAUAUCCUUUUGUGAUUUGAAAUAGAGACAAAUUGAGAAAUGUGCCUACAUUUAUGACCCAUUGCUUCUAGCAGGCUUGUUUGUUAAGCACUGUGGCCACCCAUAAGGGGCACACUAGGUUAGGAAACAAGGUGACAUUUGAAUAUAAAUUGCAGAUUGCCUCCACUCCUACCCCAGAAUAAAAAUGUGCCCAGUUCAGGGUGGCAGGGUUGGAUCUAAUGCAGCCAGGGUAUCAAAAACCCACCAUAUAAAUUACUGAUACUGACUCCACCUGGCCAGCAGCAUCAUUUUAUCUGGUUGCUACAAAGCUCCCACACCUCUUAAUUAAUUAAUUUAAUGUAAUUUUGUGAUUCUUGAUAUUUAACUUGAGAUGGGAGAUGACAUAUUUAUGACACAUAAAUAUGUGUUGAUAUAGUUUGACAUCAGGUCCAUAUUAUAUCAUGCAACUCAUCACAUGGUCCAUGAAGACUAUGAGACUGUUUUGUAUUGUGUUAUUUUUUAGAUUUGGAUUGACUGGUUUUACCUUUAUUUAGAUAUUUGAUCAAAAUCAAUAGGACCUGAUUAGAUUAUUUAUAUGUUGGAUUAACCUUUACACUGCAUACCCAUUGGUUAGUUGUGUUUCUCAGAGUGAGUUUCAUUGUGUAUUUGGGAUACUUUAUUUCAGUCUCCUUCUGAAGACAUAAAUAAAUCUGCAAUCCUGUUACAAUUACCAUUACAUGUAAUGAAUUUUGCACAGAUCUUAAAUCAGCCAGCCAUGCAAACUCUCCAAAAUCAAAGAAUCAGUUGCAGUGAGAGUUGUUCUUUACAUUCAUAUAUUGUAAAUGGCACCUUUUGCACAAACUAUCCCAUUUUAAGAGGACAGAUGAAUGUGUCUUUUUUCUGAAAGGCAGACUCCCUCCUUUUCUCCUCCUGGCGUGUGGGACAGACUCCAACAGUACUUAAGCUUGAACAAACAGGCCAUUCAUGCCGAGCAGCGAAGGACUGCGUGCUUGUCCGCCUGUUGCAUCUUUAGUGAGUGAUGACGGUCUGAUUGGGAACCACCAUAGUCUUCCUGCUUUGUGGACGUCCUCUGCUGCUCUUGUAUCAGCCAUGCUUGGCUACAACCAUCUUUAGAAGGACAUGAACAUAAUAACCAUGCUCCUGUGUCAAAUAUUAAUCUGUAUAUGAACAAACACUUGUAAUGACUGAUGAUAAACCGAAAGAAAGGGGUCACCUCUAAUUGUAUUGCUGGUGAGGUUAUUUGAAGGGCUGUGUCUCAACAACAGAGUGUCAAACUCAGAUGGUGUCUCAAGUGUAGAAAUUAGAGUACUGAUGAUUUAUUCAUGAUUAGAGUAAGGUUUGGGAUUCAAGACGAUGACUAGGAGUCAGUUUCAAUUUAUUUUAAUGGUAAAGUAAAACGUACUUUAAAUAUUGUUUUUACAGCUCUCUGGAAUAUUUAAAUAACAAAUUAUAUUUAAUUUUCUGAUAAAUAAUUAAGCUUAUUUUUCUUUUUUUCUCCCUUUGGUUUUGCAGAUACAGUAUAGCUGAAAGAAACUAACCAAAUUUAGUGGCAUUCUGAUGUUUACAAGCAGCAAAUUUUUUUGGGCACGGCUACUACUGAGCAGAAUGACAUUCCUGUACAUACUGAAUGUUUCUAUUGUAAUUUAAGACGAAAUGAUAAGCAACUAAAAAACAUCCCAU